CAACACCGCAGCGCUCUACGCUACAGUACGGUACAGCCCAGCACAGCCCAGCCCAGCAUAGCCCAGCAUCCACAACCCGACCAUGACCGAGAACAACGAGACAGAAGGCGAGCCGCCGAACACAGAGCUGCAGAGGUCGCCCGGGUCUGUGUGCAGUCAGCAAGAGACCAAGCUUCAACGGCUGAAGAGAUCCUUGUCCUUCAAGACCAUCCUCAGGAGCAAGAGUGUGGAAAACUUUUUCCAGCGGACCAACAGCGAUGCGAAGUUCCCUCCCGAGAUCCUGCCUCCCCCGCCCACUCCCCCACCGACCCCCCCUAGCGCAGUCCUGCCCGUGGACCCGACAUCCAACGAGCAGCCCGCGAGGAAGUCCCAUCCGGUGGCCAUCCCCCUCAAACCAGUAAGAACACACACCUUUCAAGAAUUUGUCUUCAAAAAGCCCACAUUUUGUGACAUCUGCCAUCACAUGAUUGUAGGGUAUUCGAAGCGCGGUUGGCGAUGUAAACUGUGCAAGAUCAACGCCCACCCCCAGUGUGGAGAGGACGCUUGCCGGCAACAGUGUGUGGGGAAGCUGCCGAUGGGAUUCCGACGGAACUUCAGCUCGCCUCUCCUCAUCCACGAGCAGUACGGGGUCGUGAAGGAGGCCAUGCCAAUGGCCACAAGCAGUAAGGUGGACCCAGUGUAUGAAGCUCUCCGAUUCGGGACAUCUCUCGCUCAGAUGAGCAGAUCGAGCUUUGGGAGCUUCUCGGAAUCUCCAACGAAGCAUUUGGGCAACAACGGAGACAUUGAGGAGGAGCCGGACCUCGGGACGAGUAGCUCUGCGGAGUGUGAGGCUCAGACAGACACCGUGCCUUUGGAGAAUGGAACGGUAGAAGCAGAAGAUAAAGGAGAGAGUUCUGUACCCGUUCAGGUCAGGAAACCGUCGCUCCGCAAAGACAUGUUGCAGAUGCACACCUACGUAGCACUCUACAAGUUUGUACCACAGGAACAGAAUGACCUGGGUCUGCAGCAAGGAGACAGGAUUGUGGUCACGGACGACUCCAACGAAGACUGGUGGAAGGGCAAGAUCGGGGACCGGGUGGGAUUUUUCCCCGCCAAUUUUGUCCAGCGUAUCCGACCAGGCGAGAGAGUGUGGCAGUGUAACAGAACGUAUCAAGGCAGCAAAGAGCAGGGACAGUUACCCCUGAAAGAAUUGCAGAUUUGUGUGGGCCGCGGGGAGGAGACCAGCGGCUUCGUCAAGGUUUGCAGCGGGAAGAAGCGAGGGUUGGUGCCCGCGGACAUUCUGAGUGAGAUCUGACUGUUUCCCCUCUGGACGGAGUACAUGCAGGAGAUGAUUUACCCGACAUUCAGCUCGUACGUCGCUUCUGCUCCUCGUCUCCACCAUUUCACAUCAGAAGACGGGAGAUUGGCGGGGCCUGGAUCAGGCAAAGUGCGAUAUCCCGGAAACCCAUCAUCUCACUCAUCGCCUCCGCAAACUGAUGGGAUGAGACCAGAAGGACCUCUCUCUCUCCCUCUCUCUCUCUCAGUCGAACCACAUUCAAGCAUCGGUGGGGAGAUGGUUUGUACCAGCUUUCGCCCCUGUUGUCUACUCUGCCCUUCUCUGGAGCAUCUAAGGAGCGCUCGAAUAUCACUCGCUAUCCGUCCACUGUGGAAGCUGCAGGGAAUGGACCCGUCCCGUCGCAAGAAUCCCCAAAAACGCCACCCAUCCACGUCCUCCAGAGAUGCUGCCCGGCCUGCAGCGUUGCCCCCGGCACUUCGUGUUUUCUACGCAAGAUUCCAGCAUCUGCAGUUCCCCGUGUCUUCACAGCAAGCAGAACUUUGUCGCCAUUGUUGAACAUUUCUUUGCAAAUUUCUUUCAGUUUCCUAACAUGUCCAAGUCUGGCGAGAAACAGGCGAUGUACAUCAACUUGCACAAACAUUAUCCCUGUUCAGUGUCUAAGAAGGAACUGCAGAUGCUGGAAAAUCCG